UUUUAAUUUGUCGAUAGUGUAUAAACAAACUCCUAAUAAUACUACACUGUUGGAAACCAUUCAAUCAGUGUGAUGGCGAAGGAAGAAGUGUUUGAGUUCCUCGGUAACGUUCCUCUGCUGCAAAGACUUCCUGGCUCGUCUGUGCGGAAGAUAUCUGAACUUGUGAUUCUCAAACACUAUGAGCGGGGGGAGCAUGUUGUUCGUGAGGGAGAACGUGGGGAUGGUCUUUACUUCAUUUGGGACGGAGAGGCUGAGGUUGUUGACUCUGUUAGCACCGCUGAAGAAAAUCCUCCCGAGUUUCAGUUGAAAAGAUAUGACUAUUUUGGUUUUGGUUUAUCAAAUACAGUCCACCACGCUGAUGUCGUAGCUUUGACAAAGUUAUCAUGCUUGGUGCUGCCCCAUGAGCACUCAGCACUGCUGCAGCCAAAGUCUAUCUGGAGUGCAGAAAAGUCUCUUGAUAGCUCAUCGGUGGAACAUAUAUUGCAUUUGGAACCUAUAGAGGUAGAUAUCUUCCGAGGAAUCACCCCUGAAGAUGCUCCGAAGUUUGGGAAGGUAUUUGGGGGUCAAAUAGUUGGACAGGCACUGGCUGCAGCAUCAAAAUCUGUUGAUUGCCUCAAAUUUGUUCACAGCUUGCAUGCCUAUUUUCUUCUUGUGGGGGAUUUUAACAUACCAAUUAUAUAUCAAGUUAAUCGUCUCCGUGAUGGGAAGAGUUUUGCUACAAGGAAAGUGGAUGCAAUUCAAAAGGGAAAUGUCAUAUUCACUUUGUUGGCUUCGUUUCAUAAGGAAGAAUUAGGGUUUGUACACCAGGAAGUCUCUAUCCCAUCAGUUCCUGCUCCAGAUAAGCUUUUAUCGAUGGAAGAGCUACGGGAGCUACGCCUUAUUGACCCUCGUCUUCCAAGAACUUACCGGAACAAGGUUGCUACAACUGAAUUCAUUCCCUGGCCCAUAGAGAUACGGUUCUGUGAACCUAAAACUUCGACAAAUCAGACCAAGUCUCCUCCUAGUUUGAGAUACUGGUUUAGAGCAAAGGGGAAACUUUCAGAUGAUCAGGCCCUGCAUAGGUGUGUGGUAGCAUAUGCUUCAGAUCUAAUCUUUCUUCAAGUGAGUGUAAACCCCCACCGUAAGAAAGGCACGAAGCAACGUGCUGUGAGUCUCGACCACUCCAUGUGGUUUCACAGACCUUUAAGAGCUGAUGACUGGGUGCUAUUUGAUAUAUUUAGUCCUAGUGCCUCUAAUGCACGUGGCUCUGUCUCUGGUGAAAUGUUCAAUCAGAAAGGAGAGCUUCUUGUAUCGGUGGUUCAAGAAGGUCUGAUGAGAAAAGUUACCCUGAAAUCUAAUAUGUGAGCAGCUGGAAAUGCACAACUUGGCUUUUCUCUUUAGUUGUCUUGUUUCGUAGGCAGGGUCUGAACUUUUACUUUCUUUGUUUUCUUUCUAUAUAGUUUAAAUAUUUUCUUGUUAUGUUGGUCUUAUAAGUUAAGGCAAUGCAAUGCAAUGCAUAACGUCAUAUUGAGAAAUAAGCCAGUUGAUAAAUACACAAGCACCAACAUUCGGAGGCCUAUUGAGGAAGAAGCCUACGAAACCAAAGCUUGUAUUGUGUUUUAUGCUUGUUACCUACUUCCUAACGUCAUACUUUAAUAAAUAAAUACAUGAAUAAUUGCGUUCA